UAUAUAAGCAAAUGGAUCAGCUGUUUGCUGCCUAAGCAGGGUUGCAUGGAAUAUAUUAAAAAUAUUAUGCACCACAAUGUUAGAUGAGUGAUUUUUUUCGUACAUCAUAACAACUACUGUAAGUUAAAAUUAAAAUAAACUCCAAAUAAUAUUAAUGUAAAAAUGUUAACAAUAAAAAUGUAACUAAAGUUUUUUAAACAACGGGUAUAAUUAACCUCACAAACAUAGCCAUAUUCUUCAUCACUAUCGGAGGUGUCAUUUGAUCGUUUGACAAUUGUUAUUGUCAAUUUAAUUGAAGCAGUAUUCAAUUUAGUUUGUGCAACUUUCAGUUGAGAAAAUAUAUUUUUAUUGAGAUCAUCAUUGUGCAAUAAAUAAAUUUGAACAAAUCAAAAUGCGUUUAGUUGAGAAAAAUGAGGAACGAGCUUUUAUCAUUGAUUGUCUUAAAGUAUACAAAUCUCUUCCAGCCUUAUGGAACGCCAAAUCACCGGAAUAUCGCAAGAAAGAUAAAAAGAAUGAAGCGUAUGAGAUUUUAAUUCGUAAGUUUCGAGAGAAAUAUGCAAACAUAAAUCGGAAGGAUGUGACCAAAAAAAUUAAUACGCUGCGAACAAAUUUUCGAAAAGAAGUAAAACGCCUUUCACAAGAAAGACGGGAUGUGUCCAAAUUAUGGUACUUUGACGAAAUGAAAUUUCUAAUAGAUCAUAUAGAAACAAAAGAAGAGAAUUUUCAAAUCAUGUACGAGGACGGAGAGCCGUUAAAUAUAGAAAUUAUUGAUGAGUCUUCCUCUACACUUCCUGACAAAAGUAUUAAACUUAAUAAAAGUGAAUAUGUAAUGCAGUCGAGCGCUGUGAACAACUCAAACCCUGGAUCAUUAGGCGAAUAUGAACUUAAGUUGGCCGAAACUUGGGCUAUGGAACUACAAAAGAUGACGCCCGAACAACAGAUUUACGCUAAGAAAGCCAUUAAUGAUAUAAUUUAUGAAGGACAACUAGGAAAUCUAUACCGAGAUUGUGUGCAAAUUUACCCGCCAUAAAUAAGACGCGAAAAACUUGUUUAACCUUGAGUUGUAUUCAAUAGUUCGUAAUGCUAAAGUUAAAACUCUAAAAUAUAGAUGUAAAUUUUCUACCACGCGUCAUUUCAUUCCGGUAUAUCGCCGCCGGGCACUAACUAUAAAAGAAAACAUGUAAUAUAAAUAUAGAAAUAAAAGCAGCAAUCCUUAAAUCA